CAGUAAACAAACAACACCCGAACCCUCCAUCCCACGUCAAGACCUAAUACCAAGACCAAGACAACCUCGAUCUCGACACCCCUCUUUCGACGUCAUACGCAAAUGCGGCUCGGCGCGCGAAUUCACUAACUCAAGCCAAACCAAAGAUACAGCCGCCGCCAUGCCGAGAGCGUCGACGAGGUCGACUCGGUCCUCGACAGGCGCCGCCUCGAAAUCAUCAGGAACACGCGCAUCGACAGCAUCCCGCGCCUCAUCAGCAGUAAACACCGAUGUCCCCGACGAGACUCCCGACAAUGCGCUGCGCGCCCAGGUCGCCAACGUAUUCCGCGAGGCCCAGCGGACAACAGCCACCCACCGCAAGCUGGCCGUGACGCUGCGCAAAAUCCAAGAAGCAUGCUGCUACGAGCCGACGUCGGUCAAAAAGACAACCACCGCCGCCGCCGCCACGGCCUCGGACUUCGAGGAGGACGACUUCAACGCCGAGUUCGUGCGCUGCGUGCUGCGCGUCAUGCCCAUCAAGAAGAGCGAAGGGGUGGGCGAGAGGACGGUCCGGUUCAUCGGCCUGUUCCUGCGCCACGCCAUCGACAAGGACAACGAGGCCGUCGGCGAGCUCGACGAGGAUGCUAGCACCAUGCCCGAGACCCCCGGCACGCGCCUGACGACCCACCUUAUGGAGAUGGUCCUGCCGCUGCUCGCCGCCAAGGACAAGUUUGUGCGCUACCGCUCGACCCAGCUGAUCUCGCACAUCAUCAACUCGCUGGAUGCGAUCGACGAUGAUUUGUUCCAGAAGCUACGCGCGGGGCUGCUGAAGAGAAUUCGGGAUAAGGAGGCCAUGGUCCGCGCACAGGCUGUUCUGGGCCUAGGUCGGCUCGCGGGGAAUGAGAUGGAGGCGGAGGCGGAUUCAGAUGACAGCGAUGACAAUGGUGCUAGCGGGCUGCUGGAAAGGCUGUUGGAGGUGUUGCAGAAUGACCCCAGUGCCGACGUGAGGAGGUCAUUGCUGGUCAACCUGCCUAUUCUGCCUGCAACACUCCCAUUUCUGCUGGAGAGGGCGAGGGACCAAGACGCGGCUACGCGCCGUUCUGUGUACUCGCGGCUACUGCCAGCACUGGGGGACUUCCGCCAUCUUUCGCUUUCGAUGAGAGAGAAGCUCUUGAGAUGGGGCUUGCGUGACAGAGACGAGAACGUGCGCAAGGCCGCCGGUCGUCUCUUCCGCGAGCGGUGGAUUGAGGACUGCGCGGGGACACCACCUCCCGCCGAAAGUGGGCAACCGUCUGAGGUUUCGCCGCCCAACCUCGACGCCCUACUCGAGCUUCUGGAGCGAAUCGACGUGGUGAACUCUGGCGGCGAGAACGGCGUGGGCCUGGAAGCCAUGAGGGGCUUCUGGGAUGGUCGCCCGGAUUACAGGGAAGCCAUGUUCUUCGAUGAUAACUUCUUCGAGACGCUGAGCGCUGAGUCCGUGUUCGUGGUCCGAACCUUCAACGACUUUUGCCGGAAUGAGGGCAACGGCAAAUUUGAAUCUUUGAUCGAAGAGAAGCUGCCCGAGGUCACCAAGGUGGCCUUCUACCUUGAGCGGUACAUCAAGGUGUUGGUUGACGCCAUCCAGAGGGCGGAGGAGCAAGAGGUUGAGGACGAGGAAGAGGAAGAGGACACGGCAGAGCAGGAGUUCAUAGUAGAACAACUGCUCUACAUCGCCCUCACUCUCGACUAUUCGGACGAGGUUGGCCGACGCAAGAUGUUCUCCCUCCUACGGCAAACGCUAUCUAUCCCGGAGCUGCCAGAUGACGUGACCAAACUCACGGUCUCUGCGCUGCGGGAUAUCUGCGCCCCUGACGCAGCCGGCGAGAAGGAGUUCUGCAGCAUUGUUCUUGAGGCUGUCGCCGACGUCCACGACACCAUUGUCGACGACGACGUGCCGGAGAACGACGACGAGAGCUUCCACUCGGCUAGAUCCGAGGUUAGCGGUGACACUACUCCCACUAAGAGCGGCAAGAGUAGGACUCCCGAACUCUCCGAGGAAGAAGCGGCCAAGAAGGCGAUCAAGGAGAUCAUGAUCAACAUGAAGUGCCUGCACAUCGUGCAGUGCAUGCUCUCCAACGUGACCGGUGAUCUGCAGCAAAACGACCAUCUCGUGGCCAUGCUCAACAACCUCGUCGUCCCCGCCGUCCGCAGCCACGAGGCACCCGUCCGCGAGCGCGGCCUUGUCUGUCUCGGACUGUGCUCCCUCCUCGACCGCUCCCUCGCCGAGGAGAACCUCACCCUCUUCAUGCACUUCUUCAGCAAGGGCCACACAGAACUGCAGAUCACCGCCCUGCACAUCCUUACCGACAUCCUCAACGUGCAUGGCGCCCAGCUCCUCUCGUCCAACCCGACCCUGCUCAAGGUCUACAUCAAGGCCCUUCGGUCGGGCGCAAAACACCCCGAGGUCCAGGCCGCCGCGACUGUGGCCGCGUCAAAGCUGCUCCUCGGCCGCGUGGUCAACGACCACGACGUAUCCGCCGAGCUGCUCAAGACGCUGGUGAUCGCCUACUUCGAGCCCGCGUCUGCCGGCAACCAGAGCGUGCGCCAGGCGCUCAACUACUUCCUGCCCGUCUUCUGCUACUCGCGCGCUGAGAACCAGGAUCUGAUGCGCUGCGUCGCGCUGGACGCCCUGCAUACGCUGUACAACGUGCGCGAGGGCUUCGAUGACGACGACGCGGACAUUGAGGACGAGAUGGUCUCACUGACCACUAUCGGCGCAUGCCUGGUCGAUUGGACUGACCCGAGGAAGUGCUUCUCCCCCGCGAGCGGUGCCGGCGGGCUGGGCGAGGCGGAGAAAAAGCAUGUCAACGCGGAUGUGCAUCUAGAGUUUGCGAAUGAUAUUAUCGAGCGGCUAAGCGGCAACGUGCCGAAAGAAGAAAAGAAAAUCAUCUCGGCCCUCCUCGGCAAGCUGUACGUCUCACCCGCCUCGUCCGAGUCCAAGUCCCGCGAAGUCUACGCCGUCAUCUGCGAGGCCGUCGACAACCAGCUGCUGUCCGACACCGCCAGCCGGAACGCCCUGUACAAGAUCCACGUCAGCCUCGGCAAGAUUGUCAACACCCUCGACGCUGCUGUCGAGGCGGCCGGUGCUGCGGGCGGCAAGUACCGCCGCAGCGUGAGCCGCGCCAGUUCGGUCGGGUUCGAUGCGCCAGGCACGAGUACGCGGCCGACCCCGUCGGAGGAGAGGACGGUGGUGCAGCAUGAAGUGCAGAUUAAGGAGGAGGAGGAGUCUGAUGCUGGGACGGUGGUGCACAGGUCGAGAGAGCAAAGUCUGGUUGAUGAGCUUUUGUCUGAGGAAGAGGAGUUGUGAUGACAUGCCAGGUGAUGAUGUAGGUUUGGGUGGGUGGGUGGUCGGUUGGGUUUUGUUGCAUUUCAUUACGGAGGAUAUCCGGGUUUUUGUCAGGUUCCGUCUGGGUAUGAGACAAGUCAAUACAUGAACACGAUGAUGCCACGCUUUAAA